AUGGCGAUGAAAAUCCUGGCGUGGCUGCCCGUGACGGCUUUCGGCCACUCUUACCUGGCCUCACCUCCUUCCCGCAACUUCCUGGCACAUCAGGCAGGCCUGGAGGACUGCCCGCAUUGCUUACAGUCAGGUGGCCCUGACAAUGUCAAGGCAAGGGGAAACGGCGUAUGGCCCACCCGCUUGGCCCCAGGCUCUCAUGGGCUCUGCGGAGACCCUGUCCAGGGAAAAAGCAACCCUGUGAGACUGGAGGAUGAGACCUACCUAAAGGCUGGGGCUGUGACGGCAACCUACCAGGCAGGACAGGUGGUGGAGUUCCAGGUGGCAGUGAGCACCCAUCAUCAGGGCCACUACGAGUUCCGCAUCUGCGACACGGGGCUGGACUCAUCUUUGACUUCGGAGGCAGAAGGGCAGGCAUGUUUGGACAAAUGGGUGUUGCAGCGUGCCCCGCCUUUGGCGGAUUGCGUGGUCAAUGACCCAAGGGGUGACUGCCAGCCCCUUGAUCCAAAGCAUCCGGAAAGGUGGUACUUGCCGCCGGCAGGCUCCCAGACGCAGGUGGCUGGGCCGGACUUCGACGACUCCAUGGCACCAAGUUAUCCAUCCUCAGGAGAAGUCCACCGCAUGAGGUUCAAGAUCCCGGAUGGCUUGCAAUGUUCCAAGUGCACCCUGCAGUGGUACUGGUCCUCGGGCAACAGCUGCCUCUAUGAUGGUGACUAUUUCGACUACUACCGCGGUAUCGCUGCCCUUGGAUGGGAUGCGGCGGCAUGGCAAACCAAUGUCUUGGCAGACUGGGCAACUUGCGAGAACAGCUGCUGCCGAACCGGGGGCAGCUUCGGUGAGGAGUUCUGGAAUUGCGCAGAUGUUCAAGUUACGGCAGGUGGUGGCAGCGGGCCUGCACCAACGACGACAGAGCCAGCCACCACGAGACCUGCUUCCACAACAACGACGACAACGACAACAGCAGCUUCCACCACGACCACCACGACCACCACGACCACAACUCUUUCCAGCGUCACAUCCACAACCGCCUCUCCAGGUGUUUGCCAGAAAGUUUGGGGGAAAUGCGGUGGCCGGAACUGGGGUGGCCCAACCUGCUGUGAAGAAGGAAACAUUUGCAAUUUCCAAAGCGUCUGGUAUUCACAGUGCAUACCUGCCGCGGCUCUGGCUGAGAUGCCGGACCUUGCUCACGAAGGUCAUGACAUCAAGAAGCACAGACGCUUUCGUGGAAGCAGCUUCCUGCAAGAUGGAACCCUCUUGGACCAAACGUCGGCAGACGAAGAGCUGUGA